CUUCCCACUCGUCCUCCUCCAUUUCUCUAGUCAGAGAGAAGCGGCUCCCCUCAACUUCUUAGUAGCCACCUUCUGUUCUGGCGUGCUCCAUGGAAAAGGCCACGCCGUCGUGGUUCCAUGUGCAGGCGGCGGCAGCCGACCUGCCGCUAUCGUUGGUGCUGGAGCUGGGCAACCAAGACCGGGACGAGCCGUUACCGACGGCAGACGUGAACGGCAAGACAGUGCGGCUGUUCGAGUGCCUCUUCUGCAACAUGACGUUCCUCAAGCCACAGGCGCUCGGCGGCCACCAGAACGCGCACCGCAGCGAACGCGCCGGCUGCUUCAAAAACCCCUACAACGGCGGCCCAUUUGGAGGCGCCGCCGUCACUGCCAUGCCUACCGGGCCACCGUGGGACUCUGCCACCGGCCGGUCUAUGUAUUGCACGUCCAUCGCUUCGCAUGGCGGUGCCGCGGCGGCGCCCCUCAGGCCUGACGUUCUGCGCUUCUCCGAGAACGCGCUGCGCCUCCACCAGUUCCCCAGCCGCGACGGCGAGGUGGGCACUCUCAGCUUGUCAAGGGCCUCCGUCCCAAGCGGCGCUGGCAAGCCGCUGGACCUCGAACUACGCCUCUAGCGUGGUCUGCUUGUUGCUGCCGUUCUUAUUUCACAGGUGUCGUCGAGGGGGGAAAUGCAGGCACAGGCUGGUGACAGAACUUGGUAUCACCAAGUCGUAUAUAUGAGUUGCAUGGCUAUCCAUCGGCAGAGCUCUCUGUACAUACACAUUUGUGCUCUUGUGUCAUAUUGUUGCUAGCUAGACCCCUACCUUGGCUAGGGUAGGGGUCUAUCACAAUAUAGUACCGUGAAUGAACUAUGUUGCUUCCUGCUUACUUGCCAGAGGGCAAGGUAUUGGGCUCCCAAGUGAAAUAGUUUGUAGCAGGUAGUAUUUCCUUGGUGAGAAACCAAGGUGUCCAUCCAUAGGGACAUCGGUAUCCCUGAAACAGUUAUGUACCCUUCUA